AUGUCAAUACCCCAUCCUAUAGGAAGUAGGGCAACAACCAAUGAUAAUUUCAUGAGUUUGACUGACAUAAUAGACAAGUUGAACACCAUGGAUGAGCAAUACGACGUAAUCGUGUGUGGUACCGGUCUAAAGGAGUGCAUACUUUCCGGCCUAUUCUCGUGCCAUGGGAAAAAGGUUCUUCAUUUGGAUAGGAACGGUUACUAUGGUGGUGACUGUGCCUCACUCAAUCUCACUACUCUAUGGGAUAAGUUUAGACCCGGUUCGAAGCCACCAGCGGACUACGGCUCUAAUAGGGACUGGAACGUUGAUCUAAUACCCAAGUUCGUUAUGGCCUCUGGUCAAUUGGUUAAGAUACUACUCAAAACCAAAGUCACUAGAGAUGAAGUAUCCUGGACCGAUAUAAAGACCAACAACUCCACGGCUUCGGACUAG